AUGCCCACCAACGACGACAUUCCUCAAGCCAAUACACAACGAGACCCCAAGUCCCGAAAGUCUCAGGCAAGGGUCAUCCGUCAACGACUAGCAGAGGCGGCACUGGGAAGUCGUGGAGCGACAUUCUUCGCAGAAUGCGUGUGCGGGCGACAGCUGAACACAGAAGGCACAUACACCGCCCAUAUCCGAAAAUGCACGGAGUUCAUCGCCUUUAGCGCCCAGGCGGUGGAAGAAAACCGGAGAAGACUGGCAGCUGCGGACCCGGAAAGGCUCGACGUCCAACACGGCCAACAUACGAGAAAGCGACGACGAUUAGAAGGGACGCCUCCGGCACCAUACUGGCUUGAUAGGAACAACCUGGACGUGGACUACGGCUCUGACGACCUUCACCUUAUAGAGAAGGAUGAUCUGGAUGGGGCGAGCUCGACAAUUGACGACUCAGAGGAGAUAAACGACCAGGACCCUCAGCUAGCAUCGCCAUCCUCAGAACACGGUCGAGGGAAAAGGAAGCCAAAGUCCAUCUGGCUUUCUCGAUACGCUGAUUACCUCCCAUCAUCUACCGUUCCAUUUACGAUUCCCGGACCCGCCCAGCGCCAACCUGCGGUCACCGCUCAAUCUCGUACCAAUCCCACCGAGGAACCCUCUUCGGAACCCUCUUCAUCCGCCCAGCCUCCACCCGAAUUGCAAAUCCGCGAAACAGCUCGCAAUGCGUUUGGCCUGUACAAACGUUUUAAGACUGUGGAAGACCAACCUCACGACCCCGACCUAUUCGUCACUCCCCCCGACCUACACGACGACGAAUCGGCCCCGAUCCCUCCUCCGGAGCAGCUGGGCAGCGAUACCAAUCCCCUUCAUCCUUACCCCAACCUAAGCUCAUUUCUGCUCUCGGAGUGGUGGUGGAAAGAUAGGGAGGGUAAGAGUCAACGGGAUUUUAUGGAGCUUAUCUCAAUCGUGGGCAACGAAAACUGGGAUGCCGCCGGUGUUCGUGAUGCAAACUGGGGGAAAAUCGACAGGGUUCUUACCUCGGGAACUCGACCAGACGACAAGGAGGAAUGGGUAGACGAUGAUGGCACGGCCUGGGUCACUGGCGAGGUCACGAUCGACGUACCUUUACGGUCCAAGCACACCAAACGCGGAAGCAUCCCAUACACGAUCCCAGAUUUCACCUAUCGUCCUCUGAUGUCUGUCAUCCGGGACAAGCUUUCUGACGCAAAGGACGGAGACAACUUCCAUUACGUCCCUUACGAACUCCGUUGGAAGCCAGGUGAAAGCAAGGAGAACGUCCAAGUACACGGCGAGCUAUACACAUCCCCAGCCUUUCUCGACGAAUACGAGAAACUUCUCCCCGCCGGUUCCUCUCUUGACUUUGACGCGCGACGUUCUCGGAGCGUGGGAAAGGUCACGAGAAUUCGAGCCAGAAAUUGUCCAGUUUCUCGUGACUUGCAAUCACGUGAUCUGGCGCGCGCGCGCGGCCUCGCGGCUGUGCCGGAACUCUCGGAUCCGCCGGAUAAUCCUGUGGACUUUAGACGCGCGCUUGGCAAGCUGUCAAACGGGUCUCGUAUUGUGUAUUCGAAUCGUUCUCGAGUACUCUAG